AUCUGGAUUCACAGCUGCUUCCGAUAUCUGUCUGUGAUAACACAAUGUGUCUGGAAUCCGGAGAGAGAUCCCGGCGGUGCAGAGCCCCCCUGCCCAUGCUGUGCCUUGGUGACAGCUCGGCAUCCUCGUCAGACAGCGAGUGUGCCAUGCCCAUCAUGCCAGCCAGGAAUUCCCUGCCUGAGAUCUUCACCUUUGAUGUGGAGGCUGUGCAAGCCGCUCCUGCCAAGCUAUCCAGAAGGGGCACCUUGAGGCCAAGGAGCAAAAGACACCGCAGGGUGCUGUACCCGGCUAAAGUUCGGAAGUAUCUGCCAGCCCCCGAGACCGAUCGUCCCCUACGGUGGUUAUACAUUCUCUGCUUGCUGGUGUUCGUGCAGAUCUGCUGCGAGGAGGCUAUGCCAGAUGAUCAGCCGCUGCCAACAGUGCCCACGAUGGUGACGUUGGACGAUCUGCAGCUCUUUGCCCUCCCUCUGCACGUGGAACCCACCGUGCCCUUCACCAACCACAGCCAAGGUGCCCAAAUCAACGACACCACCCUCAGCUGGCUGAUGUACCAACGCUGAGAACUUCACUACAGCCUGCAAGAGAGCUGUCAACCCAGCCUGUCCCUUGGAUGAGACAGAUCAGGGACUGCUGCACGCAUGAAGGGGCCCCCAGGGGCCACACUAUACCGAAUACUUGAAGAGGAGGAUGCAAUGAUGCUUCUGUGCUGCUACAACCUGACAGAGACUGUUCUAGAACUGACACUUGAAACUGUGACAUUUUGCACCGAUAAUCUGCUAAAGAAAGACUUUAUUAUUUAUGGUUUAAUCUA